CUGUCGGGGAACGCUAUGAGUGGAAAUGGAAGUACAUCAUCCAUAGAAGAAACAGCACCAGGUCAGGAUGAAGUCCGGUCGGACGGCGGACUUUUACACAGAUUGGGGAGAUUUUUGAGAGGAAUAUCGUUACGAUGUAGACGUGGCAUUGACAGACAUCGCCAGCAGAGAAGGACAACUGAGGACAAGAAUCCUAGAAACAGUGUCCAGAAAGAUUCGUCAGAUGGGAACCAGUCAUCGACAGCCCGUCAAGGAAAACAAGACUCAGACGAGGAUGGAACAGUUAUAACAGAGGAAAAGACAACCAACGUUUCCAAGUGUCAGCCUCCAGAAUCGACAAUUCCUGAAUCGACUUUACCUGUACCACAUGAACACGAUGUAUUACAAUACCACCAUGGGGAUACAGAUGGAGAGCGUCCCGACCAUGUUUUACCAGGACCUGUCUUCCAGGAGAAAGACAACACGUGCAAUACUACUAGGCCUUCUACCUUACCUAUACUUGAUGGUUCACAAACCUCCACAUACUUGCACCAAUUACUUCAAAAAGAAAAUAUCAGCAAGAAGUCUCCUAAGGAUCUAUCUAGUCAUAUUCACAAUACCGUACAUGUUGUCCAAUCUACCUCCACCACGCUUGUUAAAAGCCCAACUCGACAUUAUCCUUCCCUUAGGACGGAAGUAACUAAAGACCUUUCAAAAAACGAAUCGUUAUUUACCACUAAUGGGCAUAUCACCGACAGCCAACAGCCUUCAUUUAGAUGGCUGGUCGACUCACGAAAAACAGCAACCGUUCCACUCGGUGACAGCGACCAUGCCUUCGGUAUAGAUCUCGUACAAUCAAAGAGCGUUGACCAACAGGAAAACAUCCCCAUCCGUGGACCAUCCGUACCUCAAACGCUAACGGAUCACACCAAGUUACUGGAUUCUGUUGCACGGGUUUCCAUAUGGAAUCGACUACCUUCUCGUCACAAAAGGACGUUAAACUUCAGCAGGAACUAUGUGCAAUAUGGAAAUAACGAUAUACAGGAUAUCGAAUUAGAAACACAUCCGACAGUUGAUGAGUGGUGCUCAAAACAACAAAAUGAUACACCGGACCAUUCAAACGAGGAAAAAUUCCAGCCUCUCUUAAAACUGGCUAUAACUGAUAAACCAGUAGAAAUACCUCAAAGUCGUAAUACAAAGAGCCACGACAUUAUUGAAUGUUUUCGUUCACCACAACUAGAUAAACCUGAAGGAGAUAAAUGUGAUUUGACAACUGUUGAACAAGGUUUACAUGUUGGAGUAGUAGCUCAUCAUCAGGAUAUUGUCAGAGAGUAUAAGACAGAAGAAAAUGAUUAUAUUGCAAAUGAAUUAUGUGUGGUAAACCGACAAAACCAACAAAUGUUAACAAACAUCGCACAACCAAACAGCAAAAAUGAACGUCAUCCAUACGCAACAAACGACGAGAUAGAUUCACCUGGCCAACAACCAAAAACAUUAAUCAGCCAAACCUCUGUAGAGGAAUUAAAUGUGCAGGAACUAGAUACUAGAGACAGACAACAACCAAAAACACUAAACAGCCAAAACUCUGUAGAGGCAUUAAAAGGACAGGAACUAGAUACUACAGACAGACAAAAAUCAAAGCCCACAAACGGCCAACAACAAAUAGAUAGCAACGACCACGUAACGUCAACAAAAGGUCAAAUGCCCAAAGCAACAGGUGUCAAGCAACCCAAGGACAUACCUAAACAAGAGAAAAUAAGCAGUCAGAAAUUAGAAACUUCCAAUCGUUAUAAAAGUACAGGAGGGUGUGGAGACCUACAAGAGACACCGCAAAUGUCGCAAGAAGCAACACUUGGGGAGGAAGCAAGGGCAACACAGCAAAAUCUAGAGGAAACCCCCGGUCAAGAACCAAAGGUAAUGGACUGUGAACACCAAGGGCAAAUAAACAGUCGACAUUCUGAAUCAACUAACAAAGUGCAGGAUCCGGCAAUAACAGCAAGAAGAAAACAACCCAGUCGUCUAGCUGAUGGACAACAACCAACCAGAAGGACCAGACUAACACUAGAGGCAACAGAUAGCCAGUCAUCGGUUGCAACAAAUGGUCAACAGUCGGGUCUGAACAGCAGCCAAGAAAUAAACCAAGAGAAACAUACGAUUGUUGCUGAACAGUGUGAAGACAUCACUUUUGACGAAGAAGUACUUCCCAUACAAACAGUGCGUCACAGACAAGACCAAGCCUGCAACGACACGGAAAUGUGUGAUGACAAUAUGAACCAAAUGAUAAAAAAGGAACUAAGCCGAUCGAAAGACAAAACAACCACACAUGGCGAAUGGUCGAGGGCGCAAACAGAUUCUCAACCACUCCCGAUAGAGAUUACAAUGGUAACAUCCGACAUAAAUCGGGAAAUGGAGCACGAACCUUUAAAACCUUCGCCAGAACAUAGACUUACAAGAACAGAGAAGAAUGACAACAUUUCAACAACAAACGGAGCCACCAAGCUCAAAACAUCAUCGGCUUUAUUUCCUAGCCCUCAGGGUGGGGUAUAUGAACUGUCCGUCAAACAACUCGAUUGUGCAAUGUUUGAAAAUCAGGGAAACAAAUAUCGCGAGCUUAACGCAAACGACGCUGGAUGUUUAAACAUAUCUUCAACAACAAAACAAACUAGCAACGUUAAACAUGGUUUCAUGUGUCUGGACAAUUCGUUUGGCGUUGCUACAACAAAUAGGAUUAAUCAUAGUAACGUUUCAACAGCGAAGCGAGUUAUAGUCAAUAAAGCCUUCUUCAUAAGUAGGCAGAAUAGUGAACCUAAAUAUACCAACAGAGAAAGUACCAAAGAAGCAAAUGUCAACCAGAUUGAUCCCACAAAGCAACUAUCCGCUGAUGGUAAGAAAGAUUCACUCAUACAUACAUCUGGACAAAGAAACGUUGAACCAGUAGUCGAAUAUUCAAAAUUUAAUACAGACACGACUGGGAAGCUCUCUGAUAGGGAAGUGAAUGAGGCGGUAUUGUUAAAUGUUUCAAUAGACCAAACUAGAUCAGUGGAGUCAUCCAGUGAAGAGACUAGUUUUCGUAACGGUCUCAUACAAGAUACAUCUUUCCCAUGAAUUUAAUCAGGGACAACCA